UAGCCGGCCAGUUAAAUGUCGAAUAGAAACUAGGAAGUCAUCACACGACUGUUACACACACAAACACACUCGAAUUAUUUUGUUGAGCUUAGAAAAAUACACAGACGAUUUUACAACUACAACUGCAGCAGCAGCAGCAGCAAUAGCACAUAAAAAAUUUGGAAUAAUGACACUGAAGGUGACCAAACUGGCGCUGACCAGUCGCCUCAUCAUAUUAGCCCUACAAAUGGUGGCCAACUGGCUAGUGCCCGAUCACAAACCCGACGUAUUUCGUAUGCCACUGGAUGAAUACAAUAAUAAUAAUGCCACAAAUGCGCAAUUUCUGGACAAGAUUGUGAUGGGAUGUUUGGGCGGAUUACGGCACUGGGAUGGUGAAUACUUUCUGCACAUUGCCAACUAUUUGUAUACGUACGAGAAUACGCUGGCCUUCUAUCCCCUCUAUCCGGUUAUUGUGCGCAAUUUGGCUACCGCUUGCCAAGUGUUUAAUGUGCCACUUUCGUUGCCAGCGUUGACGCUACUCGUGGCAAUUCUGUUGAAUUUGUGGCUUUUCUGUGAGGCAGCCAACUAUCUGUAUCAGUUGACCCAACGAAUAUUCAACGAUGCACACAAGAGUUGGAAUGCGGCGCUCGUCUUCUGCUUCAAUCCGGCGAGCAUUUUCUUCAGUGCCGCUUACUCGGAAACUCUGUUCGCCUACUCGAGUCUCAUCUUGAUGCUGGAAUGUGUCCGACCAAAGCAACAAUUUCAUUACAUGCGCAUUUGUGCCAGUUUGACGGCGUGCAUCAUGUGCCGCUCGAAUGGAUUGAUUGCCCUCGGGUUUCCAAUUUACUUCUUUGCCCGACAUCUAAUCCUCACGGUCGGAGUGAAGCGUUGUCAGACGCUGUUCAAGAUGUCGCUGGCUUUGUUGGUGCCGUUGAGCAUCUUGCAUGCCUUUUAUUUCUACAUAUAUCGGUUGUAUUGCAUGCCCAGCAUCAAAGUUAAUCAUCCCCAGCAAGUCCUGCAAUUGGCAAGCGAACGAAAUUAUUUGGUCUCUGGUCGGGGACCGGAUGCAUCGCCCUGGUGCCAGUAUACCCUGCCAUUCCCAUACAAUUAUGUCCAAUCGACCUAUUGGGAUGUGGGCUUCUUGCGCUACUAUCAAUGGAAGCAGCUGCCCAAUUUUUUGCUGGCUCUGCCUAUGUUGCUCUUCAUGCACUGGCAUUACUGUGAUUACUUGUGGCAUUUGGUGACGAGGAGUUGGCCAGCAAAUGCCGCCAACCUGCGAGAGUUACUCAAGGGACAGAAGGCGUUGCCAUUUAUACUCCAUGGCGCAUUCCUUACAAUGGUCUGUGCCCUAUUCGUGAACAUUCAGGUGUCGACGCGUCUCUUGGCGUCGGCCUCACCUAUUUUCUAUUGGUUUGCGGCGGAUCAUAUGCCCAAGUCGUUGUCACAGCUCUCGUUGCGCUCGCAGGCAGGCGCUCUGUUUGUCUGGUGCACCACCUACUGUACCUGUGGCACCGUUCUCUUUUGCAACAAUUUUCCUUGGACUUGAACUGUUGAAAGGGCACCUCGUAUUAACAAUUUUUUGCCAAAGAGAGACUGCAUUAGCAUUGGAUUAGUUUAAACUCGUUUUAGCACGUGAUAAUGUUGACCACCUAAAAAAAACAAGAAAAGAAAAGAACCAAUGCAAUUGCAAAUUGCUUA